GUGGGACCCGCCCCAGCUCCCUGGGUGACGCAGCUUGGGAGCCGGUUGGGAUCCCCCUCCGGCUCUCCGUGUCCCCAUCCAGCACUCGGGGCUCCGGCUCCAUCUAGCCUGGGCCUGGGUCAGUGCCCUUCCCUGGCCCCUGGUCUGAUCGCCUCCCCCCCCACCCCCCACCCCCCGCAGGGCCUGGAGCAGGACGUCCUCCAAGCCAUCGACCGGGCCAUCGAGGCUGUGCACAACGCAGCCAUGCGGGAGGGCGGCAAGUACAGUCUGGAGCAACGCGGGGUCCUCCAGAAGCUGAUCCACCACCGGAAGGAGACGCUGUCCCGCAGGGGCCCCUCCGCCUCCAGCCCUGCGGCCAUGACCCCGUCCACCAGUGAUCAUUGUCUGGCCGCCGCCGCCAGGCAGCCCAACGGGGUGUGUCGCACUGGGUUCGAGCGGCAGCACAGCCUGCCCAGCUCUGAGUACCUUGGGGCAGAAGGAGGCCUCUACCAGACUGACGCGGACCCUUCCCUGCGGCUGCUGCUCCUCAAGUGCUUUGGCGCCAUGUGCAGCCUGGACGCGGCCAUCAUCUCCACCCUCGUGUCGUCCGUGCUGCCCGUGGAGCUGGCGCGGGACAUGCAGACGGACACCCAGGACCACCAGAAACUGUGCUACUCCGCCCUCAUCUUGGCCAUGGACUUCUCCAUGGGGGAGGCCGUGCCCUGCGCCCACUAUGAGCACCUGGGCACGCCCUUCGCCCAGUUCCUCCCCGAGCAGAACGUCAUCAUGGCCGCCCUGGGCAAGCACGCCAACGUCAAGGUCUUCUCUGAGAAGCUGCUGCUGCUCCUCAACAGAGGGGACGACCCCGUGCGCAUCUUCAAUCACGAGCCGGCGCCGCCGCACUCCGUCCUCAAGUUCCUGCAGGACGUGUUCGCCAGCCCCGCCACGGCUGCCAUCUUCUACCACACGGACAUGAUGGCGCUCAUCGACAUCACCGUGCGGCACAUCGCGGACCUGUCGCCCGGAGACAAGCUGCGCAUGGAGUACCUCUCCCUGAUGCACGCAGUGGUCCGCUCCACGCCCUACCUGCAGCACCGCCACCGGCUGCCUGACCUGCAGGCCACCCUGCGGCGCAUCCUGAGCGAGGAGGACGCCUCGCCCCAGUGCCAGGUGGACCGCAUGAUUGUCCGGGAGAUGUGCAAGGAGUUCCCGGCGCUGGGCGAGGCCCCCAGCUAGCGCCUUCCUCUCUGCCUUCCCUGCAGCCCUGGCCAGCGAUCAGGGGACAUGGGGCUUGGCCCAAGCAGGUAUUGCACAGAUGGACGACGGCGUUAGGGGGUGCGGUGGUCGCAGGGUCCUGAGCAGGGCCCGCCCCCUGACGUAGGGCUGAUGCGAGGGGCCAAGGGCAAGACAGGGGACCACGCUCUGGGAACAAUGCUGGGGCCAGGGGAAUGUGUGUGAGCCGAAGCCCCUCCACAUCCCGGCUGCCUCUUCAGCAUGUCCCCCUCCCCCUCUCCGUACACACACACACACUCGCACACGCACACGCACACACACACUCACAGUCCCACUGCUGCUUCAGGCUGGGCCAGGGCCCCAUCCCCAGCCUGUCUGGUCUGUGUCCUGGGCUUCAGCAAGCCGUGUCCUUGGGGUGAGGGGAGACUUCCGCUAGCUCAGCUCUGUUUCUUGCCUUAGCUUUGCAUUAAGUGCCGCUCAUGUGCUCCCCCUACCCUGCCCCCCAGGGGUCAGUGCCCUCCCUCACCCCCCCCAGGGGCCUGGGCCAAGAUGCUGCUUUGAAAGCAGAACUAGGAGGCCAGUGACCCAUCCUUGAACCUCACAGAACGGGGCGAUGGCGCCGAGAACGCCAGUGACUGAUUCUAUUUUCUCUGUAAAAACGUAGACUGAAAAGCCAUGUGUAUCUCCUGUGUGCUGCGCUCACCUUUGGAAAUAAAUCGCCUCUGGAAACAGG